UUCAAGUUUGACAACAUGACAUCACUUCCUGACAAAGCACCGUGUCGGGAUUAGCUAGCUGCUUAGCUAGCCAUGUCCCUAUAGCCGGUGUGUGAGAUAAAAUAGCAUUAGAAACACUAAGUCGCCGAAUUGCCAGUUAUCCAUUAAAAGAACUUUGAAUCAAGUCAUGGAGGAACCUGGAGCCAUAGAGGUGACCGUGAAAACUCUAGAUUCCCAGAGCAGGACGUUCACUGUCAGGGGAGAGUGGACAGUGAAGCAGUUUAAAGAGCACAUUGCUUCCUCCGUUGGUAUCCCGGUGGAUAAACAGAGGUUGAUUUACCAGGGUAAAGUGCUGCAGGAUGAAAGAACACUCACAGAAUACAAUGUCGAUGGGAAGGUCAUUCAUCUUGUGGAGCGAGCACCUCCUCAGAGCAGUCAGCCUGGCGGUGGAGGAGGUGGAGUUUCUGGCUCCUCAGGUGCAACGGAUGGGGGAUCCACCUCCUCUCAGUCCUCCACUUUUCCGGGAACUUCACACGACCGUAAUGCAAACAACUACGUCAUGCUGGGCACUUUUAACCUGCCUGUGAACAUCAUGGACCCACAGCAUAUACAGAUGUCAGUGCAGCAAAUGAUGGCUGGUGUUGGAGAAAUGGGACGUAAUGUCAGAGUGAGCACCAGCACUGGAAGCAGUGGCUCUGUGGAUGUCCAUAUCAAUGUGGACCAAUCAGUGCAGAGCGAGCCCCGGAUGAGACUCCAGCUAGCCGAAAGCUUGCUGCGAGAGACUCAGGCUUUAAUUCACAGACUUGAGGGUCAAUCAAGUCAACUGUCAUCUCAGCAGGAGACACCACCUCCUCAGCCAUUAUCAUUCUCAGCACAACCAAUGGACAGCUCCCCACCUCCACCCUCCUCCUCAUCCUCUGCUUCACAGACAGAAGGAACAACUCAGUCUGGACCCAAUCACCCUAGCCCUUUAGAGUUGGUUGAGGUUCUGUCAGAGGUGCGAAGGGUGGAGGAGCGACUCCGUCCUUUCAUGGAAAGAACACAUUCCAUCCUUGGAGCAGCCAGUUCUGCAGACUAUAAUAACAAUACUCAAGAACGUGAGGAAGAUCAGCGCACUCUCAAUUUGAUUGGAGAGUCACUCCAUCUGCUUGGCAACACAUUGGUGGCUCUGAGUGACCUUCGAUGCAAUUUAUCAGCUCAGCCUCCUCGCCACUUGCAUGUGGUUCGGCCGAUGUCUCACUACACCUCCCCUGUUGUGCUGCAGAGUGGAAUGCCCCAUAUUCCCAUUCCGGUGAACCUGGGCUCCACUGUGACCAUGACUUCAAACAGCAGACAGACAAGCGAGGGUCAGGCCGAACCCUCACAGCCCAGCAACCAGUCAGAGCCACAGGGUCAGGCACCUCCUCCUCCACCGAAUGGAGCCAGUCAACAGACAGGUCACAGUCAGGGGACUCCGAGAGUGAUCAGAAUCACUCACCAAACCAUGGAGCCAGUGGUCAUGAUGCAGAUGAACCUGGAUGCAGAUUCAGACAGUGGAGCGCAGGGCCAAAGGCAGCAGAACCCCAGCACUGCUGGAGAGACUGGCACCACGGCACCCAUCCACAUACCAGGUCUGCCGCCAGAGUUCAUGCAGGCUAUCAUGCAUCAGAUCUCCCAGCAGGCUGUCGCCAUGGCAACUGCAGCCUCUGCUGGACACCAGGGACAGCAGCAGGGCACUGCUGGCACAAGUGCCCAGAGUGGAGAAAGUCUGCCACCUCAGGCCAGGGUGGUCAUUACACGCCCCUCCUUAUCCCCACGCAUCCCCCAACCCAUGAGCACCAGGGGGACCACCAUCAACCUGAGGGCAGCAGUGCCUCCCUCAUCAGGACAGCAGACUAAUCAAGGCAGUCCUUUGAUGUCCUCCCCUCUCACACAGAUGGUCAGUGGUUUGGUUGGGCAGCUUUUGAUGCCAUUGCACACAGGGGACCAGACAUCCGCUACCUCAUCAUCCCAGUCCUUCUCUUUUUCUACUUCUUCAUCUACCUCCACCUCCACCUCCUCCUCCUCCUCUUUCUCUUCCUCCACUGCUUCUCCAUCCUCUGCCAAUACGUCCGGUCAGACGUCCACCCAUACCACCAGCACGGCGUCCGUGGGUCAGUCCCGAGAGAGCGGCCCAGGAGAUAACCUAGCUCAGCUUCUGGGCUCUCUCCUGGGAGGAGUUGCGGGAGCUGGUGGAGGGGUGUCUGGAGGUGCUCCCUCCAUUACAGUGACUAUUCCGGGUGUCCCUGCGUUCAUCCAGGGGUUGUCUGAGUUCAUUCAGUCCGGUCAGCCUGUGUUUCCUCCACCAAACCAGCAGCCUCCACCCUCACAAGCCACUCCCCCUGCCCCUUCAGCAGCCACCCCCACUACUGCCCCUCAGCCUCCCAGUGGAGGUGGAGAGACCCUCAGCCCUGAGCUUUUCACGGGCAUUGUGCAGGGUGUCCUGUCCACCAUGAUGGGCUCUCUGGGGGCUGGUCAAGGCAACACUGAGAGCAUCGCCCAGUUUAUCCAGAGACUUUCCCAGACCAGCAACCUCUUCACUCCUGGAGCUGGAGAUGCAGUGGGGUUCUUUGGAGAUCUGCUGUCUCUGGUUUGUCAGAGUUUCUCAAUGGUGGACAUGGUUCUGCUGCUGCAUGGUAACCCUCAGCCUCUGAGCCGCAUCCAGCCCCAACUCACAGCCUUCUUCACUGAGCACUAUCUGCAGGGCCGAGAGCCCAAUGAUGCCAACAUAGCUAGUGCUUCUGAGGAUCUAAUCAAUGGACUAGAGGAGUAUGUUGCAGAGAGUUUUUCCACUGUGACUGUUCGAGAGGGGGUGGACAUCAUCCAAACCAACAUGUCCUUCCUGAGACAACAGUUCACUCGCAUGGCUACUCACAUUCUGCGCAGUAGAGAUAACAUGUUUGGCCAGCGUUUGCUGUACCUGUGCACCCAGGGUCUGUUUGAGUGUUUGGCCCUCAAUCUGUACUGCUUAAGAGGAGAGCAAAGAGCUGUAACCACUGUCAUCAACCACCGAAUUAGGAGAAUGUCAGCAGAAGUGAAUCCCAGUCUGGUGAACUGGUUGACCAGUAUGAUGACCAUGAGGCUGCAUGUGAUUUUAGAGCACAACCCAGUCACCGAGGACCAGAUCCAGCAUUACGUCAUCUAUACACAGAGCGAGUCGUCUCAGAGAACAGAGUCAGGUGCACAAGCAAGCCAACAGUCCGAUAACAUGAGUGUUGAGAUGGAAGAGGGUCUGUCUCCUGCCCCUGCCACCACUGCAGAGGAAGUCAUGGCAUCCUCAGGAGACACUGCUGAUGGGGAUGAACCACCCGGGAGGCCAUUGUUAGAAGAGUUGCGAGGAGCGGUAGCCAUGGCAACCACAGACAGGGAGGAGUCAACUGGAGAGGCGGAGCCAUGGGCAGCAACUGUUCCACCCGAGUGGGUACCCAUCAUAAGACAUGACAUGUUGACACAGAGGAAGAUGAAAGCACAGCCUCCUCUGUCUGAUGCUUAUCUGCAUGGGAUGCCAGCCAAGAGGAGGAAGACCGCACAGGGGGAGGGUCCUCACCUCUCUUUAGCUGAAGCCGUGAGUCGAGCUGCCAGGACAGCAGGGGUGCGACCUGUUACUGCCCCAGACAGCCUGCAGGGGGAGCUGGAGGCACCAGAGCUGCAGGAAGCAUACACACAACAGGUAAAGAGUGAUAUAAAGAAAAGACUGAGUGAUGAUCCAGACUACAACCACCAGCGCUUUCCCAACACACACAGAGCUUUUUCGGAGGACUCUUAACCCGACAGCACUGCUUACACAUCUGUCUUGUCAUCUGUCAAGCGCACAGUCAUGACCAUGACGUCUCGAAGGGAACAGCCAAUAGCGUUUCAUGCCUAGAGGGAACCCAGUUGUUUUGAAAUCGGUAACUGGCACAUAACUCGGAUGUCUGCCAUAGUCAAAUGUGUGGAUAGUGACUAAAUAUAGAGCUGGUGAACUAGACCGGCCAUAGAGGCAGAAGAAACUAAUCUUUCUUCCUUCUACGUGGCGUCCAUCUUAUAUUCUUUGUAUAUUGUCAUCACAGUCAGUCAGGUUUACACUGACAGGAUUCAUGUAUGUCCAUUGUAAAUUAGCUGUACAUUGUACUAAGUUGUUUUAAUAUUGACUAUAAUAGCAGUUGUAUUAGGCACAUAUUCAUGAAGAAAACCUAAUUCAUUCCAGCUUGACUUGCUCAAUGUGUAGAUAAAGAGGAUGCCAAGAUGGAUGUUUACAAGGUGCAGCAUGAUUAGACGUACAGCACUGCACAUUUGUCACUGAGGACUGGAAGUGUUUUAGUCAUAGUGAUGCCAUAGAGCUGUUACUUGUAAUUAUUUCUUGCAUGCCAAAAACAUCCUGUUGGCUCCAUCAUGUUGUUCAUGAAUUUGGCUGUUAUGAAUAAAAUGAUCCAAGUCUAGAA